AAUCUGAAAUUGUACACAGCCGAAAGCAUCUUUUUUUGAUAAAAUGACAAAAUUCGGUUAACUUGUUCUUCAGUUAUCUUUCUUUGAAUAUUUUUUCCUGGACUUUUUGUGCGAGUUUACAUUAUAACAACAUUAUAACUAAAUAGUAGACUCUAAAGUAUUUACCAAAUAAUGUUCAAUUGUUUUUUUUAAUACUGAGCUAAUUAAAUAUAAUCACACUUGCAAUCCCCUGUCUUGGGUGCCUCGACACCCUGACACCAUAAGUAAGUAAGUAAGUAAGUUCUUCUCCCCUCUGUCACGGGUGCAAGCACACCCACAAAGUAUUUACUGAAAAGGGAAUGUUGAUUCCCCUACUGAGCCCUUGAGCUGUUUUUCGUUGAAAAACUUAAUGAAUGACACAAUUGUAGAACACAAACAGUGAUCCAAGGGAGAACAACUCUAUGAAAAUAGAAGAAGUGGUUGAAAAGCGACGAAAAUUUUGAAAUAAAGGCUCUCAUGGCCUCAUUGUUGGCACUGGGCUCUUUGAACAUGGUUGAUUUGAAGAUUAUCUCAAUAAACAACAUAUUUAGGGAAAUAACUUCCUCACUGUCAGGUCGCUUUUCAGUCACUAGCGUUUCGAAGCUCUGAUGACCUAUCUUAGGUUCAAUGACAAGAUGGAUAGGAGGUCGACAAGAAGAACAAAGGAUGCUCUGGCUCCCAUUCGUGAGGUGUGGGACCUUUUUGAGAAACAAUUGUCUAAGCACUACAAACAGCUAUAGUCCUUUUCUGACGGUCGAUGAACAACUUGUCCCUUUUCGUGGUUGCUGCAAGUUCCGAAUAACAUGCCCAGCAAUCUUGACACAUACAUGUAGAGAACAUAUGGUUUCACAAUCUACUGGCUCUGUGAGGCUGACAUAUCCACUAAAAGCAUUGCCAUUAACUGGUAAAAACUAGUUGCUGUCAGAAAAGAUUCAUGGUGCAAAUUUGGUUCUGAAACUUGUGGAGCCAUUCUUCAGAAUUUUAUAGAUCCAAAAGGGGAAACUUUGGGGGAAUAUCUUAUGAGUUCAAAAACACUGUACGACACUAUUAUGGCUGACACUUCUUUGAUUAUCUUGAACGGAAGCAAGUACAGAGAAAUGGGCAUGUAUAAAAACUGAAAUCGUAGCAGUUGUUUCUUUCUUAUUCUGAUUGUUCAACGCUCCAUACAAUUGGCAUAUAUUCAGGCUUUAAAAUUACAAAAACGAAAACAAAGAAAACUUCAAAAAACAAAUUAUGCUGAUCCCUCUAAUUACACUGGGCGUGAUGGCCACAGCAGCCACCCACAAAAAUACCAGUGACAGCCAUGACCAAUGGAGUACGGAGAAGCAAAUGGGACACGAUGUAAACGAAGAAAAAUUCCCAAAUAUUUUCCAAAUCCCGGCCAAAGAGCCCCUCACAUCUCCUCGAAAUCCACGACGUCGCGCAAAUUAUGCUGGGCCGUUCGUUCAAAAUAUUUGGAACGCCCUUAUCCCAAAGAGGAAUAAAAAUGUCAUUGAACUACGAAGUGGAUCAACAAGAUGGUUUCAGGAACAUACCCAUAGCCCGUCACAGAACACGCUAGAUGGACAGGCUUAUGAAAGGUCUGCCUCUCGCGCCUCGUCUCUUAGCGGGGAUUUGUCGGAGAAUGGUCCAAUCGAAGCCGGAACGGACAACGGUGACCUUAACCUUGCACAACUGAAGCAAGGGAACAGAUUGUAUCGUGACAGGCGUAACGUCACGUCACAGGCGUCCUCCUCACCGACACCCGACAUAGAUGUGGUGAAUGAGACGCGAAGCCAAAAUAUUUCCACUGGCAUCACUCCUUUGAAAGCAACAGAAGAAAAUCGAUAUUCUCUGCUGGAUUCACUAAGCACUGCUUUCUCCCGGACGGGCACUUCUCGCUUGAAACGUUUACUUCUGUCGGCAUACAUUUCCGGUGCUAGGGAAGAUGAACAUUUGUACGAGCCCCAAGCUCUGGAGGUCUUCCUAGACCAGGUGAAUAUUAUGAUGCCUCAGCCGUUUGACAAGCCGAACGAUGUCACGAAACUAAACCCCCGUCUCUUCCGUGCCGGGGGCGUUUUCCCCACUGCCUCCCAGAAGUGUGUCAUGGUCAAAGUCUACAGCGAAGACGGGACGUGCGAAGGUGUCGUCUGGAACAAUACUCAGUCCGGACUCGAAGCUGGUUCCUCUAAGGAAAGCAACCAAUCAGCGAGCACAAACUCUUCCGGCGGUAGAUCUACAGGGGAAAUGAUCGAGUGUUGCCUCAGUGAGAACAAGACCAGCGGCCAGCAGGUCACACCUACCAGUACCCCGCUACCUCCAGACUAUUUGACGCUAUCAGAUCGGCUGGGCGACGGCAGCAGAAUACAUCAACGCUCUGUGGGAGGACGGGUCUCACAACAGACAAGUGUAAAGGAAAGUCUCCGUCUGUGGACGUGGAGGGGACUGGACAAGGACAAAGCAAACGUGGUCAUAUCGCUGAGUGGAUUCAUGUUCCAACUGUCAGAUCCACACUCACACGGGAUAGGUGCGCCCGUUGACCCUCAGGCGGAGAAAGCAACAUUGUCUUUCGAUGAAGUAUGUGUGGCAAUUGACAGAGGCGGGACGGUUGUGAGGGAUUCAUCUGAGGGUACCCCUUAUUGGUACAAUAGCAGCCACUGGAUGACCUACGAAGACCCUCAGAGCCUGGCCCAGAAGUUGGAAUACCUGAUCAAAUGGAACGUGGGUGGCAUCAUGCUGACGUCACAGUCCCAGGACGACAUCUCCGGCCAGGAGUGUGACGUGGGACCUUUCCCUCUGUCCUCCUUAGUGUACAGAGUGGCCGCCUUCCACCUGGAUAACUGGCUCGGCUUCGGGGAACAGAACUGGAGAGGUCACUGUGAGAAGGUCUAUGCCAGGGGAAACGUGGCUCGGUCUUCUCUUGUGGUUGUUGGCCUGUCGGUGGUCAUGGUGGUGGUUGUUGGCGGGGAGUGGAACUGACUUUAGUAAUGUGUGGGUUUUUAGUGAGUGUUAAUGAUGAUGAUAAUGAUGAUGAUGAUGAUAAUGAUGGUGAUGAUGAUAAUGACGA